GCAAUUCUACUGCAUCCUUCGUGAGCAGAAGAAGAAUAGAUUGCCUGAAGCCUGCGCAAUUUGCCCUCGAGAAUUCUCGCUGGACCUACCACGAGUUGAUGAGUCUGAUCAGGAAAUGCACGGGGUCUUAUUUUUGAGGGGCGGCCGUCCUGUUUUCCGAGCAUUGCACAACAGAAAGUUGCCAAAGACAGAAAUGGAUGUCGCAUCGGAAAUCUAGCGGGCUAAUGACUCGCUGGAAAAUCAGCAGGUAGCUGCAUCGGCAGCUGCAGCGACGGCCAUCUCCAUUGGGACUCUGCGACUGAAGCUUGUCUCGCCUCCAUCAUGCACCUUUAGAUCUGACCCCUCGCCAGGUGUACUGGGCGGAAGUGCCAACCAAGCUUUGGAGAUCGUCAGUGCGUUGCAGAGCUCUCCAGACAUGGAAUCGACUGAUGAGAAGACGUUGGCCAAUCUGGAACAUCUGACAAAUGAAACCGUGGACUUGGAGCAUAUUCCAAUCGAGGAGGUUUUCCAGCAACUGAAGUGCACAAGGGAGGGACUUUCGAAAUAUGAAGGAGAUGCUCGUCUCAAAUUAUUUGGAUACAACAAAUUGGAAGAAAAAAAUGAGAGCAAGAUCCUCAAGUUUCUCGGUUUCAUGUGGAACCCUCUGUCAUGGGUCAUGGAGGCAGCAGCUAUCAUGGCUAUAGCCUUGGCAAAUGGCGGGGGAAAACCACCAGAUUGGCAAGACUUUAUUGGUAUUUUGACGCUGUUGGUGAUCAACUCGACCAUUAGUUUCAUCGAGGAGAACAAUGCUGGUAACGCAGCUGCUUCACUAAUGGCCAAGCUCGCACCAAAGACGAAGGUUCUGCGAGAUGGCAGGUGGUCCGAGCAGGAAGCUGAUAUUCUUGUUCCCGGAGACAUUAUCAGCAUCAAAUUGGGAGACAUCGUCCCCGCCGAUGCUCGCCUCCUCGAAGGAGAUCCUUGUAAGAUCGACCAGUCUGCACUCACCGGAGAGUCUCUGCCAGUUACAAAGAAGCCCGGAGAUGAGGUCUACUCAGGAUCAACAUGUAAACAAGGGGAAAUUGAAGCGGUGGUUAUUGCCACGGGAGUUCACAGUUUCUUUGGAAAAGCUGCUCACCUCGUGGACAGCACAAAUCAAGUUGGCCAUUUCCAGAAGGUCCUUACUGCUAUUGGAAACUUCUGCAUCGUUUCCAUUGCAGUGGGUCUAGUGGUAGAAAUCAUCGUCAUGUUCCCUAUUCAGCAGAGGAAAUACCGGGAGGGUAUCGAUAACCUGCUCGUGCUUCUUAUCGGAGGAAUUCCUAUCGCCAUGCCGACAGUCCUGUCAGUCACUAUGGCUAUCGGUUCACACAGAUUGUCUCAGCAGGGUGCAAUAACAAAACGAAUGACGGCCAUAGAAGAGAUGGCUGGAAUGGAUGUUCUGUGCAGCGACAAAACCGGAACUUUGACUCUGAACCAGCUGACAGUAGAUAGAAAUUUGAUCGAGUGCUUUUCCAAGAAGACGGACAAAGAGUUCGUUGUCCUCUCGGCGGCAAGGGCAGCCAGAACAGAGAAUCAAGAUGCCAUCGAUGCAGCUAUAGUUGGCAUGUUGGCUGAUCCCAAGGAGGCUCGUGCUGGAAUCCGAGAGAUCCACUUCCUUCCAUUCAAUCCAGUGGACAAACGUACUGCAAUGACAUUCAUAGACAGCGACGGGAAAUGGCACAGGGCAAGCAAAGGAGCUCCCGAAGAGAUUCUGCACUUGGCCCACAACAAGGAUCAAAUCUCUGCGAGAGUCCACGCAGUCAUCGACAAGUUUGCAGAACGCGGACUUCGAUCUCUAGCUGUCGCAACGCAGGACGUGCCGGAGGGUUGCAAAGAGAGUGCUGGAGGUCCCUGGGAGUUCCUCGGACUGUUGCCACUCUUUGAUCCUCCCCGUCAUGACAGUGCCGAAACUAUUCGUCAAGCACUGAAUCUUGGGGUGAAUGUGAAGAUGAUUACAGGUGAUCAGUUGGCCAUUGCAAAGGAGACUGGACGGCGAUUGGGCAUGGGUAUCAACAUGUACCCAUCGGCAGCUCUGCUCGGAAACAGCAAGGACGAAUCGAUCGCCUCUUUGCCUGUCGAUGAACUGAUCGAAAGUGCUGAUGGUUUUGCGGGAGUCUUUCCAGAGCACAAAUACGAAAUUGUGAAGCGCCUGCAGGAGAAGAAGCACAUCUGUGGUAUGACUGGAGAUGGUGUCAAUGAUGCGCCAGCACUGAAGAAAGCAGAUAUUGGUAUCGCAGUUGCUGAUGCCACCGACGCUGCACGAAGCGCUUCAGACAUUGUUCUCACUGAGCCUGGUCUCAGUGUUAUCAUCAGUGCCGUGCUUACCAGCCGCACGAUUUUCCAGAGAAUGAAGAAUUACACAAUCUACGCAGUUUCCAUCACCAUUCGGAUUGUGCUCGGAUUUCUGCUGUUGACUCUCAUCUGGAAGUUUGACUUCUCUCCUUUUAUGGUCCUGGUUAUCGCCAUUCUGAAUGAUGGUACAAUAAUGACAAUCUCCAAGGAUCGAGUGAAACCUUCUCCACUUCCGGAUAGCUGGAAACUCCAGGAAAUUUUUGCUCAGGGGAUCGUCCUUGGCACAUACCUUGCGCUUAUGACAGUGCUAUUUUUCUAUGCCGCAAGCGAAACACAAUUCUUUGAGACACACUUCAAUGUGCAUUCAUUGAAUGGAAGGCACCAGGAGCUAGUUGCUGCCAUUUACCUUCAAGUUAGUAUCAUCAGUCAAGCUUUGAUCUUCGUCACCCGAUCCACGAGCUGGUCCUUCUUAGAGAGACCAGGUCUACUUCUUCUGAGUGCUUUCUGGAUUGCGCAGCUGGUGGCAACACUUAUUGCAGUAUACGCAAAUUGGUCUUUUGCUCACAUUGAGGGUAUAGGAUGGGCAUGGGCUGGGAUCAUUUGGCUGUUCAGCCUCGUCACUUAUCUCCCUCUGGAUGUGCUCAAGUUCGUUGUGCGCUACACACUGAGCGGAAGGGCAUGGGAUAGCAUGAUCAACCGACGGACUGCUUUCACGACCAAAAAGGACUUCGGUAAAGACGAUCGCCAAGCGCAGUGGGCACAGCAACAGCGCACUCUCCAUGGACUCGAGACACCCGGUACCGUGACAGGCGUUGAGCAGACUUUCAAGGAUGUGCCGGAGCUAGCAGGAGAAGCCAAGAGACGAGCAGAGAUGGCCAGGUUAAGAGAACUGCACACUCUCAAGGGCCAUGUGGAGUCGGUUUGCAGGCUGAAGAAGCUGGAUUUGGAAACCAUCCAGCAGUCGUACACCAUGUGAGCUCGAAAGUUAUUCUUCAAGAUUCUUCUUUAAGCACUUGCAAAGCCCCAUUCUCAAACCAGCUGAUUGUUACUUUACUGACACCCGUAGACCUGUCAGCUUAGCAAGUACGUCAGCUUUGGGUCAACGUUCUGUGUGUGCAAGUGCAACAGAUGCAUGCAAAGCAUUUCGCCCUGCACCCACUGAAAUAAAAGAGAAGUUGCAGUGAUCAGAGUAAGACCUACAACUGCUUACAUAGAUUACACCAAACUUCCAGAAAACCUCAUCGGACCCAGUGAAUCAAGCUUACAAGUGUCUAGUGAUCCAACCAAGUUGAAAACUCUCCGGUCCACAGGCUCAGCAAGAGAGGCAAGGAAGGACCUCUCUCGAAUAGCAAAAUCUGAUCUUUAAGUGUACCGUUGUCAUUUAUACAAAAUAAAUCAUAAAGCUCGUUGUGA